CGUUAUGUGAUCAUCCAGAGACAGCGUAAGAUUCUGAGCCAGCGUCUGAAGGUUCCUCCCACCGUGAACCAGUUCAGCCAUGUGUUGGACAAGAACCAGGCUGCUGAGGUGUUCCGUCUGAUGAACAAGUACGCUCCUGAGACGGAGGCCGAGAAGAAGGCUCGUCUGGAGGCUGCUGCCAAGGCGAAGGCUGAGGGCAAGCCCGUGGAGGAGAAGCGUGCUCUGGUUGUGAAGUACGGUCUGGACAACGUGACGAAGCUGGUGGAGCGCAAGAAGGCCAAGCUGGUUCUGAUUGCCAACGACGUGGAUCCCCUGGAGCUGGUGAUGUGGCUGCCCGCUCUGUGCCACAAGAUGGGCGUUGCGUACGCGAUCGUGAGCGGCAAGGGCCGUCUGGGCGCUCUGGUGCACCAGAAGACCGCUACUUGCGUGUGUCUGACGGGAGUGAACCCUGAGGACGAGGCGGCGCUGAACUCGCUGCAGGAGAGCUUCACCACCAAGUACGCCGAGAACAAGAAGUGGGGUGGCGGUAUCAUGGGACUGAAGACUCAGCGCAAGCUGAGCAUUCGUGCCGCUGCCAUCGCUGCUGAGAAGGCCAAGAGAGCUUCUCUCUAAGCUGAUUGUGAGGCUACAUGAAGAAAGGAAGGAAGGAAGGGUGGAAUCGUCAUUGGU